UUGAAAGAAAAUUUUGCAUCUUUAAUAUGGAUAUAAAUUUAAGGGAAAAUGAUGAAAACGCAUUAACUACCUUUAACUAAAGAGUACUUUUUGAUAGUAUUUGUCUGAAAUUUCUACUACAUCGUAUCGAAUCUAAUUAAAUACAUACAAUGACAAUUAGAAAUAUUUGAAAUGACAUAUUACUUUAAAGAAGCUCUGGAAAUUUAUUAACGAUUCCACCUGUGGUUAUGAAAAUUACGUAAAUAACUUAAGAAGCGAAUUACCGUUAAGUUAUCAAACUGAAAGUAAACAUGGUUAUGCGGCUUGUUUGUCUUCACUAAAGGUUAGUGUAAUAAUAUGGCUUCUUGUAAUUCAGUUGAUAAUCAUCCAGAAGAUAAAAGGGAAGCAAGAAGAAAACAGGUGAUGCUUGGAGAACUCCCAUCAGAUUUUUUACGAGUUACACCUAUUACGGCUGAGCAGCAGUUGGCUUUAGAUGAGCAGGCGGCUAUAGCAUUGCAGCAACAGUUGUCAGGCAAUACAAUUGCAUCAGCAGUUUCGGGUCGACUUACGAUCAGCGUAAUAGAGGUUCUGUUGCUUUUAUUAUUAUUGGUUGCAUUAGAAAACUUAGGAAAA